GCAUGCGCAGGGCAGCCCACUUUCCCCCCUCUGUCCUCACAGCAGACGAAGGGGCGGAGACGCUAACAGUUAGCACCAGGCUAAGGCUAACCGCGCUGGGGGGGAGAAAAAAAAACAAUUCAACGUUAGUGUAAUAAAAGUCUAGCGUGUCGUUGUGAUUCUUACGUGGCGGAGGUCUGAAAGCGGAUUGGAAGCGUGUGGCGGCGGAACCUGCUGGUCCCCAGGUCUACCUGAUGAGUAUGAGCCUGACUACAGAGCCCCCUAACGAUGGCCCCAGUGUUACUGAAGAGAGCAAGAUGGCCGCAGCCGAGAAGAAGGACAAGAAGCCGGACGACGUAGCGGAGGAGGAGGAAGAGGAGGAGGAAUACGUGGUGGAGAAGGUCCUGAACCGGCGGGUGGUGAAAGGGAGGGUGGAGUACCUCCUCAAGUGGAAAGGCUUCUCCGACGAGGACAACACGUGGGAGCCCGAGGACAACCUGGACUGUCCAGACCUGAUCGCAGAGUUCCUCCAGUCGCAGAAGUCGGCGCACGAGGGGAAGAGGAAGGCGGCGGACGGAGACGGCGAGGAGAGCAAAUCCAAGCGGAAGAAAGACGACACGGAGAAGCUGAGAGGCUUCGCCCGAGGUUUGGACCCGGAGCGAAUCAUCGGCGCCACAGAUUCCACAGGAGAGCUCAUGUUCCUCAUGAAGUGGAAAAACUCUGACGAAGCGGACCUGGUGCCGGCGAAGGAGGCCAACGUCAAGUGUCCGCAGGUGGUCAUCUGUUUCUACGAGGAGCGGCUCACCUGGCACUCGUACCCCAGCGAAGAUGAGAAAAAAGACGAGAAAAACUAAAAUAAAAUUAAAAAAAAGGGGGGGGGUGUUUUGAACUUGGUUGUACUUUGGAUUCUGGGGGGAGGCAGUGGGUGGAGUUAGGGGGCGGGGCAAACAGGGCACCAUUGACUCAUGCGACUUUGGUUUCUGCUUUUUAAGAAGCUGAACUGUAAUGUAAGCGCGUCGAUGCGUGUCGAUCCGUGUUGAUACGUGCCGAUACAUGUCGAUGCGUGUCCAUGCAGUGUUAAACUCAGUUGAAGUCACUUUCAUCCAACUUUUAUUUUCACGUGUGUGCCAUGUUGUUGUGUUUUUUUUAAUCUUGGCUGUUUUCUUGCUUGUUGUAUUCUUCAGUGCUGAAUCCAUGCUUGGUGGUCUUUGUAGUGUUUUCAUGUCUCGUUGUCAUUUUUGGACAAAAUAAACCACUUUUUGUUA